CGAAGCCACACCCAUCGGCGAGCGGAUCCGGGGGCAGCGAGUCGUCGGCCGCUGCGCUCCAGCCUCCGCCCGCACCGAGCCGCGGGACCCGGGCCGCACCGGGGAGGGGCCGCUCCGGGCCGCAGCGCGAGGGCAGCGAGGGGCGGCGGGCAGCCGGCACCGGGCGGGGCCGGCCGCAGCGACCAUGAUCGCUUUGUUCAACAAGCUGCUGGACUGGUUCAAGGCCCUGUUCUGGAAGGAGGAGAUGGAGCUCACGCUGGUCGGGCUGCAGUACUCCGGCAAGACCACCUUCGUCAACGUGAUCGCGUCAGGACAGUUCAACGAGGACAUGAUCCCCACCGUGGGUUUCAACAUGCGCAAAAUCACCAAAGGGAACGUGACCAUCAAGCUCUGGGACAUUGGGGGACAGCCCCGAUUCCGCAGCAUGUGGGAGCGCUACUGCCGAGGAGUGAGUGCCAUUGUGUACAUGGUGGACGCCGCUGACCAGGAGAAGAUUGAGGCCUCCAAGAAUGAGUUGCACAACCUGCUGGACAAACCCCAGCUGCAGGGCAUUCCGGUCUUAGUCCUGGGUAACAAGCGAGACCUUCCAGGAGCACUGGAUGAGAAGGAGCUGAUUGAGAAAAUGUUCUACUCUGGUUUCCCCCCAGGAAUCUUUCUGCCAUCCAGGACCGAGAGAUCUGCUGCUACUCCAUUUCCUGCAAAGAAAAGGACAACAUUGAUAUCACCCUACAGUGGCUUAUUCAACACUCAAAGUCACGGAGAAGCUGAGACUGCGGUCCUUCCCCCUCGGACCAGGGACCUGCUGUCAUCCAAACCCGAAGCCGAGCUCCCCGCCCACCCUGCCGUCCCCCCUAAGCCCGCCCCUCCUCACUCAGCGUGGGGAGGGGCCCUCUGGGGAUCCCAGAGUCCUGUUCUGCUGAGGUUUGAACUCCUGAUUUUAUUGUAAAAUAAACCGUUCCCAUUCUGGCCCCCUAACCUCUCACCCUUCCCCUUCCCUCUGCCUUCUGCCGGCCCUGCUUCCGGCCCCUUAAGAGCCCUGGCCCCACAGCCCCUGCCCUCCUCUCUCCCGUGCCCCACUCCUACACUGCCCUUUUCAACACUCUUCUGUUGUCGUCCUGUGUGUACAGUAUAUAUAUGUAUAUAUAUUUUAAUUUUUUAAUUUAAGCAAAGACUAAAAUCAACCAUUUGAUGCUGCAGGGGCCCGUCAGGACCCGGGAGGGGGGCGGUCUGGAAAGAAGGAAAGAGAUGCGGGGUGGGCUUGGGGCAGGUUCAGAUUAGGAAAGUGAAGGCUGGCACCUGGGGGGCAGGUACCAGCCAGGGCACUGGCGGCCAUCCCCAUGUCGCGUUCAUUUCCACUUCCCGAUCUGGCUUGUCCCCAUAGUGCUUGAACGUCACAGGCUGACUGCCACCUCCGGAGGUGCCCCUGUCUGCCCCCCGCCCCCCCCAGCCUCAGUAGGGCCACCAGGCACAACCAGGUGCCAGAGAGCACCAGGCGGAAGGGGCAGGAGGCCAGCGCCCGGGGCGCCCCAGCAGCCCCUCCUGCCCGUUCCUGGCUCCCAGCUCCUGCCCCGUCCUGGGGCCCCCAACUCCAUGGGCCACCUCAUUUUCUGUUCUCAUUUUGCAGAGUUGCACAAGGAGAGAACUCGGCAUGGGGGGUUGGUUCUUUGGGUUUUGUUUUCUGUUGGUUUAUGUGUUUAAUUUAAUGAUUUGUAAAGUGAUGUUCCUCUUCCUUUUUUACACUUUUCAGCUCAUAUUUAACCUCUGUUUGGAAAAUGAUUCUUGUAACUGUACAUUUUUUUGCCUCCUAACAACACGAAUAAAUGACCAGUUUUGUGUC